AUGCCGCACAAGGAAGAGUUAGAGGAGGCGACGGUGUACCCUAGAGGGUUGAAGGAGGUUCGAUGGGGAUUUAUACGGAAAGUGUAUGGAAUCCUUGCUGUCCAGAUCGUUCUCACCAUGCUCGUCUCCUUUUUGACCCUCUUAUUAUACUCUCCCAUCAAUGAACUCCUCAGUGGAAUCGCCGGACUCUUGUUCUUCUUUGCGUGCUUACCCUCAAUUUUUUUUUGUCCCUUGUACAUUUAUCACCAGAAACAUCCAUUGAACUUCAUCUUCCUAGGGCUGUUCGCUGCUUCUCUGAGUAUCGCUGUGGAAGUAGAAUAUGCAAAUACAGAAGGAAAUUUGGUUGUUGAAGCAUUAAUUUUAACCACAGUUGUGGUUUCUACCUUGACUUGUUACACUUUCUGGGCUUCAAUGAAGGGGAAUCAAGAUUUCAGCUAUCUUGAACCAAUCUUAUUUUGGAGCCUUUUUGUCCUUUUUCUUAUCUUCUUCCAGUCACUCAUCUUGCAGACAAUCUUCCCCUCAUUUGGGCUAACAUUAUCAGUUUUCGCAAUUUUUAAUGGUGCCCUUGGUGCCAUGGUUUUCUCAGGGUAUAUUGUUUAUUAUACAGAUAACUUGAUAAGGAGAUGUAGUUACGACCAGUACAUCUGGGCUUCUGCAUUACUCUAUUGGGAUAUUGUUUAUUUGUCCCUCUCCAUCUUGCGGGUGCUCAGGGGUAUGUGUGCAGACUGAUUGUGG